AUGCUAAAUAAAAUCGGAUCUCAUUAUGAACGGCAAGAGAACUGGGUGGCUGAAGGAGGUUUUGGAAAUGAAACUGUGGUUGAUCGAGUUCCAGCAGAUAUGAUGCAUCUGAUCGAUCCUUCUUGGUAUCAAUUUCCUCCAAUGGAAUCAAUGUGGUACAAAUGGUUGGGUGUUACUAUUUUCUUCUUGGGAAUUUUAUCAGUCGUGGGUAAUGGAAUGGUGAUAUAUAUAUUUACCUGUACAAAAAAUCUUAGAACGCCUUCCAACUUACUGAUAGUUAACUUGGCGUUUUCUGAUUUCUGUUUGAUGUUCACCAUGUGUCCUGCAAUGGUUUGGAAUUGUUUUUACGAGACAUGGAUGUUUGGACCUUUUGCUUGCGAGUUGUAUGCUAUGUUUGGAUCACUAUUUGGGGUCACGUCAAUAUGGACAAUGGUUUUUAUAGCUUUAGAUCGUUAUAAUGUAAUAGUAAAGGGAUUAUCUGCAAAACCUAUGACAACCAAGUUAGCACUAUUACAAAUAUUUUGUAUAUAUCUGCAUGGACUUUUCUGGACUUUAACCCCAUUUUUUGGAUGGAGCCGAUAUGUACCAGAAGCAAAUAUGACAGCAUGUGGUACUGAUUAUUUAACUCUGGCAUGGCACAGUCGUAGUUAUGUUUUAGUAUAUGCAAUAUUUGCAUAUUAUUUACCAUUGUUGGUCAUCAUCUAUGCAUACUAUUUCAUUGUGAAGGCAGUAGCAUCACACGAGAAAUCUAUGAGAGAACAAGCAAAAAAAAUGAAUGUGUCUUCUCUGAGAUCUGGAGAUCAGAGCAAUACUAGUGCAGAAUUUAAGCUGGCUAAAGUGGCUUUAAUGACAAUUUCCUUAUGGUUCAUGGCUUGGACACCAUACAUGGUUAUCAACUUUGCUGGAAUAUUUCAAUUAAUGACAAUUGAUCCAUUAUUUACAAUCUGGGGAUCAGUUUUCGCUAAAGCCAAUGCUGUGUACAAUCCAAUAGUAUAUGCGAUUAGUCAUCCGAAAUAUAGAUUGGCAUUAGAUAAAAAGUUCCCAUGUCUGGUAUGUGGAAAAUUAGAAGAUGACAGGAGCGAUUCAAAAUCAGUUGCUUCUGCUCAAACAACUAUAUCCGAAGAUAAAGUCUAA